AUUCAUUUGUAAUCUAGACUUAUGUGUAAUCGGAAUUUCUAAUUUCAGGAAAGAAAAGCGACACAGAGAUGGAUCCUAGAAGAAGGAGAAGGAGCGAGAUAAAGAGAAGAGCGGUGAGAAGCGUCGCAAGAAGCACCACCCCUCGUACUGGUAGAGCAACCAGACGUCGGAGAUGCUAGCUCCUCUACGACUCAAGAUCAAACCGCUGCCUCCGCGUCCCAGCGAGGGUGUCACUCCUGACCCCCCCUCUUGCACCAUCAUAGAAAUCAACGCCUCGUCCUCCACCGCCAACGUCUUGCUCCGCUCUUCAUCCUCUUCAAGUCUUGAUGACGCCUGUGCUGCCUCAACUGUGGGCUGCGCACCGGCAAGUGCAACGUCCCACGCAAGCGAGAGCAGCAACAGUAGCAGUGAGAGCAGCAGUCGGGUGUCUCCCCCUCCUUCUGGCUACCCGAACCUUCCUCCUGGGUACACCCUUACCCAGCCCAUGCUACAGCGUCCUUCCUCUGAUAAAACUUCUGCGUCUCCAACCACUGCGGGUGAUGCGUGCUCUCGUCGUAAGAGCGACGGCGGCAGCGCCGGGUGCAGCCAGCAGUUCAGCAAGUGCGACGUUUGUGGCGAGACUGGCGGGGUCACCAAUACCGUCAGCAGUUGCGACGAAUGUCACAAGGCAUACCACUUCAACUGCCUCGAACCUCCCCUGAAGAAAACCCCCAAGCGUCGUGGUUACUCGUGGUACUGCGAAGACUGCGAGCCUUCCAAGUAACGCUCGGAGUUGGUCGCGUCGGCACAAAGCUCUCAUUGCAACCGGAAGACUGGCUACGUCAUCAGCCUUGAAUCAAGCAAGAUAUCUUCCAAUGAACACUUUUACGCCGUUUAGUGUUUGUAUUAAUUGAUCUGGGAACUUAUCUUUUUGAACGGAUCAAGGCGAUGUUGGUCGGCUGCAACUCUUGACUUUACUUUUAAUUAUGGCAUGUCACAAAUCUCAAGAGUGGUUGUGAUAUUGAGUUAAAUAAUUUGGUGGCCAAGUUUAGUAUAAGAUAUUCCGUAUUUUAGUGAAAAAAUGAUAGGUUAAAAUCGACGCUCAACAGAUAAAUACUUGAAUAUAACUAUUAUUUACUAGUCUUCUUUCUUGACGAUUUGAUUUGGACUUUAUUUAUAGUUUAAAACUUCUUAAUUUGUUGCUUUGUUCCAUAGCUCCAAUGCACGCGUAUUUUUAAAGGAACUAGUUACAAAUUGAUGACCAAUUUCCGACAUCAGUAAUCAUACAGAUGCUUAUGCUUUUAAUUAUAUAGCUCGUUCCAGUGUAAAUUUUUAUUUAAAUGAUAGAUGAGCUUGCCCACGAUAUUUUUUUAGCGCGGCAGCGCCUAGCGUUUCACUGUUUUAAUGCAUUCAUCUGCUGUCAUUUGCUGGCAAACUACUACGAUACUGUUAAUUGUCCCUGCAAGUGGUGGGUGCGACAGUUUUGCCGUGUGUUUCCCAGGAGACAACGGUCAUGUUUAGUUCAAUUUAUAUCUGUGAUAUAUACGUUCUUAGGUUUUGACUCAAAUUGGUAUUGGCAGUCCACUGAAGAUCCGUUCCAUUCGUAGGCAGUUUACUGACCUGACUGAGCUCUUACUUGUUCAAUAAUUUAAACGGCUUCUCCUCUCCUUAUCUUUGCUUAGAGUUGAUAAAUGUGAAAUUUUUGUUGCGUAUUAUUUGUAUAAUAGUUGAGUUCUGAGGUCGAAUCUCUGCAUGAAAAAAUUUAGCUCCUAGGUAUCGUGCCAACAAAAAUUAUAAUUUGUUACUUUCUCGCCAUCAACAAAUAAUUUUAAGUUUCAGCAUGUAUUGUCUUUAAUAUCUCAGAAUGUCAUUUCUAUCUGGCAAAUAGUAUGCGCUACAUCUAAGCAACUAUCAUGGUACUCUGGCAGCGUAUCAUGAGUUCCAUGCUAACAAAGCAGAGUUUGUUCACUGUACGAGACUACCUCUGAAUUCUUGUUCUUAUUCGUAAUUUUAAUUCCUUGAAAACUCUCUCUUCCUUCUUGCUGUCUUCCCUGAAUAUAUUAGUUCCAUAAUGAUGACACUGCCGCUGAAAAUUUAAGAAGCUUUGAAGCAACUUAAUGAUUUUUCAGGGCACGGCCUCUGAAGUUAACGCUUCAUUUGGAUUUUAAUUAAAUUUGUUUAUACCUCU